AAGAGAGAGAGAUUCUCUUUCUACAAGAUUCACCACUUUCCCUCUCCUUUUCUUUCCUUUCUCAAAAACCCCUGAAAAAACCCUGCUUUUUUUCAACUUCCUUCACAGUUCAGUGUACUGAUGAAUUUCUGCUAACUGUACUAAUGGUGAUUCAUUUCAAUCAUCUCUUUGCUGUUCUUCCUUUUACCAUCUUCUUCUUCUUCUUCUUCUUUGAAGGGUCUAUUUCUGUUUCUGGUUCUGGGCCUCACAUUACCGAUGUCAAUAUUCUUUUGCCACCCAAAAUUACUCAUCCUGUUGAGUAUCGACUCCUUGCGUCUGAUGGAUGCUUUAAAUGGUCAUGGGAUCAUCAUGAUAUACUAUCUGUUGUACCUGAAUAUAACGGAACCAACCUUUGUUCAACUAGUGCUCGGCUGAGAUCAAUUGCUCCUUACACUGGACGGAAGGAGACCGCUAUUUAUGCUUCUGAUGUUCGCACAGGAACUGUAGUCCGCUGUAAAGUUUAUAUUGAUAUGUUCUCCAAGAUCCAAAUAUUCCAUAGCUCUGUUAAGCUCGACUUAGAUGGUCUUGCUACUCUCCGGGUCCGUGCUUUUGAUAGUAAAGAUAACAUUUUCUCCUCAUUAGUGGGCUUGAGGUUCAUGUGGAAACUGAUGCCUGAAAAUGAUAAUUCAUCUCAUCACCUUGUUCAUGUCCCAUUGGCCGAUUCUCCAUUGAGUGACUGCAGUGGAUUUUGUGGUGAUCUGAAUAUUCAGAUAAAACUUGAAGAUAGUGGAGUGUUUUCAGACCUUUUUGUAGUGAAGGGAAUUGGUAUCGGACAUGAGAUUGUCUCUGUUUAUUUGCAUGAACCACAAUUGGAUAACUUGACGGAUAAGAUUAUUUUGACUGUUGCUGAAGCCAUGUCAUUGGAUCCUCCUUCUCCCGUUUUAGUUCUUGUAGGGGCAACAGUGCAAUACACUCUUAAAGUCAUUAGUGAAAACAUUCCUCAAGUUGUGCCUUUGCCUUCUCCAUUUCACCGCUGGUCUUCGUCAAACAUUUCUGUUGCUCGGGUGGAUGCUAUGAUGGGUCUAGUGCGGUCAUUUGAAUUAGGUGAAACAAGUAUUAUAGUGGAAGAUACCAGGGUUGCUGGACAUGUUCAGACGUUGUCUAUGAAGGUUGUACUACCAGAUUAUAUGUCCUUAUACUUGUUGCCUCUGUCUAAAUCUGGUGACCCUAUGGAGGGAGUAAAAUCUACAGUAUCAAAUACACGUUGGUAUGUUGUUGUUGGUCGACAAUAUCUCAUUGAAUUGAAGGUUUUUUCUCAAGGGCCUGGUGCUGGUGUAAUUUAUUUAACUAAGAAUGAGGAUGUGAAUUUGUACUAUGAUCAACCAAAUCAUUGGAAACAUUUUCCCAUACCAGAAGGUACUGCAGUCAAGUAUGGUGGACUGCAUUCAAGAAUUUUGGAGGCAACUUUUGGAGGACUUGGAAAGUUGUCGGCUUCUUUAACUUAUUCAACUGGAUAUCUUGAGACAAAGGAGGUUAUAAAGGUUGUGCAAGAAGUUAUCGUUUGCAACCAGGUGAGGGUCAAAGGAGGAUGGAGUACAUCAUCAUCAUCAUCCAUUCUGCUGCCAUGGUCACAAGAUAUAUAUCAAGAGGCAGAGCUUACCGCUGUGGGAGGUUGCGCAAGGACACCUGCUGAUUAUAGGUGGCUUUCCUCUGAUAAUAGUAUUUUAUCUGUAUCCGCUAUGGGUGUUGUUCUGGCCAAAAGGCCUGGUAAAGCCACUGUUAAAGUUGCUUCUGUUUUCGAUGAUCUCAAUUUUGCGGAGGUAAGCAUUGAAGUUGCUCUACCUUCAUCAAUGGUGAUGUUGCCAAAUUUUCCUGUAGAGACAGUUGUAGGGUCACAUCUUCAGGCUGCUGUGGCUAUGAAAGCAUCUAAUGGCGAGUUUUUCUAUCGUUGUGAUGCAUUUAGUUCCUUCAUAGAGUGGUCUACUGGAAGUGAAGCUUUCAAAAUUGGGAAUACUACUUUUGAGGCAUCUCCAAACAAUGUUCUCAACAGCUUAAAAUCUAUAUCUGAUCCUGCUUGUGCCCAGAUCUUACUUUAUGCUGUCAGUCCCGAUCGAGCUGUUUUACAUGCGACUCUUUUUAAUCAUGUGAACAGUGGUUUUAGCAGGCAGAUAUUACUAAAAACAUCCACUUCAAUUUCGUCAUUUUCACCACUUGGUGUACGUCAAGUAGGAGAUGGCAAUAAGUUUGGUGGUUACUGGUUUGAAUCGGAGGAAAAAGGAAUCCAUGAUGGAUUGGAAAAUAUAAAAGAUUUAUAUCUCGCACCUGGAUCCCAUUUAGAUGUUGUACUUGUUGGAGGACCAGAAAGAUGGAGCAAAGAAGUUGAUUAUAUUCAAACUGUAGAUGUUCUUGAUGAACUGUAUGCCCUUCCUAGAAAUGAGGCCCUUGUUCAUCGAGUCAAAAAUUCAGAAGGAAAUAGAUACAGAAUUUUAUGCCAAGUGCUUGGUAACUUUACUCUUGUUUUCAAACGUGGGAAUCUGGUUGGAGAUGACCAUCCACAACCGGUGGUUGCAGAAUCAAAAUUGCGACUUGAGUGUAGCUUUCCUUCUUCAAUUGUGGUUCUAGCAGAUGAACCUGUGAACAAAUGGGACAUUAUUCUAAAAAGUAUUCAAGCUGACCGUGAUCCUGGUCGCAUUCGCACCAUGCCUAUAACUGUUGCAAACGGUCGUACCAUUAGAGUAUCAGCAGUUGGAAUAAGUUCUUCUGAAAAUGCUUUUGCCAACUCAUCUUCUACCCCCUUAUCAUGGGAAUUAAGCAAUUGCCAGGAGCUGGCAUCUUGGGAUGAAGCUUUUGAUUCUCAGAUGUCUGUAUCCAGUUGGGAAAGAUAUUUACGUUUGGAGAAUGCGUCAGGACAGUGUACUGUUCAUGCUAUGGUUCAUAAACAUUUCAGCUAUGGGUCUCUACUAUUUGAUGCUUCGGAGAAUGCUCUUCGAGAUGCUGUUCGUCUUCAGGUUGUCUCUACACUGCACGUGUUCCCUGAAUUCAGCUUACUUUUCUUCAAUCCUGAGGCUAAGAUGAAUCUUUCAGUCUUUGGUGGAAGUUGUUUUCUGGAUAUUAAAGUGAACGAUUCUCGAGUAGUAGAAGUUAUGCAGCCUGCAACAGGUUUAGAGUGUUCACAAUUGACUUUGAUUCCCAGAGGUGUGGGAACUGCAGUGGUGAAAAUUUAUGAUGUUGGGCUUUCUCCAUCUAUCACAACUGCGUCAGUGGUCAAAGUUGCAGAGCUGGACUGGCUCAAGAUUUCGUCUGGAAAAGGAAUAAGCUUGAUGGAGGGAAGCAGAAUAUCUGUUGAUCUUCUUGCUGGAACGGACGAUGGGAAUAUAUUUGAUUCCUCUCAGUAUGCUUUCAUGAACAUUCAAGUUCAUAUCAAGGACCAAAUUGUCAACCUUGUAGAUGGUGAUAACUUCUCAACUACGGGUGAUAGAUGUGUAAAUGCUUCCAGCUUUACAUUAUAUGGCAGAUUGUCUGGACUCACCACUCUUUAUGUGACCUCUAGGCAACAGUCAGGUAAAGAAAUAUUCAGUCAAGCUAUCACGAUUGAAGUUUAUACCCAACCAGUCGUAUACCCAAGUGAUAUUUUCUUGGUUCCGGGUGCAUCAUACAUGCUUACUGUCAAGGGUGGACCACAAGUUGAUAUCGCUGUUGAGUUUACAAGUAUGAAUGACAGUACUGUCGUCACUCAUGCUUCUGUGGGACAAAUAUCUGCCAUAGCACCAGGGAAUGCUACCAUAAUUGCCACCUUUUUUGGGAACGGAAGAGAAGUCCUUUGUUACGCACACGGUAAAGUCAGGGUAGGGACUCCAUCAGCAGCUAUCCUGAAUGUGCAGAGUGAAGAACUGGCCGUGGGACGCCAGAUGCCUAUAUUUCCUUUCUUAAGCGAGGGAGACUUGUUUUCAUUUUAUGAACUUUGUAAGGAUUACAAGUGGACUAUUGAGAAUGAAAAGGUACUGAGUUUUCAGCCUGCCAAGCAUAUGAAUGAUAAGAACUACGAUUCACCAAAUUCGGGUCUAAGCAACUAUGAUGAGCAACAAGUUGAUUUUAUUAAGGUUCUUCAUGGAAGAGCUGGUGGGAAAAGCAAAGUUGCACUUACAUUCACCUGUGACUUCUCGUCUCCAAGUUCUUACUUGCAUUCCAGGUCUUAUAGUGCUUCUUUAUUCAUAAGGGUUGUCCCUGAUCCUCCUCUAGCGCAAGGAAUUCCAAUUACAUGGAUUCUUCCUCCACAUUACACUACAUCAGAUCUUUUACCUUCAUAUUCGAAAUUACGUAGUAGAAAGGAUGUUCAGAGUCAAACUGGAUCUGUUGCUUAUUCUUUAUUGGGAUGUUCCAGUCGAAAUGAUGUGGAAAAAGGUAUCAUUUCUAUUGAUGGAAAUAGAAUUACAACUACAGAUGGCGACAAUCUUGCUUGUAUCCAGGCAAAAGACCUCAAUACCGGAAGAUUUGAGGUUGCCUCUUGUGUGAGGGUGGCUGAGGUUGUUCAAAUAAGAUUUCUGAGAAAGUCAACAGUCCGCCUUGCUGUUGGCGCCAAAGUUGAACUUCCUGUGCUUUUCUAUGACAAAUUAGGAAACCCUUUCCUCGAAGCACAUGAAGUGGCUGAGUUUGAUGUUGUUACCAACCUCAAGGACAUUCUUGCUAUUGAUAAUGUUGAUAAGAAAAAUGGAAGUACUAUUGUCAAGGCAAUACGGCACGGUAGAGCUCUUGUUGCGGUGAGAUUCGUUGGCAAUGUGAUGAAGUCAGACUAUGUCAUGAUUACUGUGGGAGCACAUAUAGACCCACAAGAUCCAAUACUUCACCCUGGAAGCAAUCUGAGCUUCUGUGUAGAAGGAUUACAUGAUGAAGCAUCAGGAAGAUGGUUGAGUGGCAAUGAAAGUGUUGUUUAUGUAGACUCAAUUUCAGGUAAAGCUGUUGCUGUUGGGAAGGGUACAUCCACAGUGACAUUUCAAAGCUCUAGCUUAAAACUACAAACCACUGUAAGAGUGCUGGAUGGUGAUCUGAUAUUUGUACAUACUCCAACAGACACCUUAACAAAUAUUCCUUUUCCCCCAGGAGGAUACAAGUUCUCUGUGAAAUUCAGUAACCAUGGAUCUGGAGCUACUGACAGAAAUGUUGAUCUUCCUUAUGAUUGCCUAGUGGAGCCUACUUUUGUUGGGUAUGCCAAGCCAUGGAAAGAUCUUGACACUGGUGAUUCCUAUUGUCUUUUCUUUCCUCACUCUCCUGAACAUUUAGUGCAAACUGUACCCAAGAUGAAGGAUAAGAAACCAAGCAUAUCCCUCUUCAUCCAUGCUAAACUAAGAGAAGCUAAUGAUGUGUCUGGUUCUGUGUCUGCACUCUUUCUUGGUGGUUUUUCGAUUUUGAAUAUGGACAAGGAUCCUUUGCAGCUGAAUCUGACACAAAACUCAAACAGAAGCGUCAUAACACUAGUGGGCAAUACAGAUGUUGACAUCCACUGGUUGAACCGAGACCUUUUGCUUGUUCGGACCUUGCUCAAGGAAGGUUCUGGCUUCAGUGGCCAAGCAAAAUAUGAGAUCGAAGUGCUAAAACGAAAGCCUUUCAAGGACACACUCACAUUUUCUCUCCCGUGCAAUGGCCAGAGAGUAGAGUUACAUGUAAAUUAUGAACUAAACGAGGCAAAGGCAUCAACUAUUGAUGUAAAGCUGUGGGUGGGAGUAAUAUUGUGUUUCACAGUCUUGAUACUCACUGUGAUAUUUUUCAUACGAUUCCUCGACAAACCUGUUCAUACUCGGCCUAAUGCAAAUCUCCACACCCAACCUGUUGCUUCACCUCUUACUCCCGAGCGUACCAGUCCUGCUGAAAAUGAAGGGUCUCCACGGACACCCCAACCAUUCAUCGACUACGUGAGGAGGACAAUAGAUGAAACACCAUACUACAGGCGUGAAAGGAGGAGGAGGUUUGAUCCACAAAACACGUAUUGAAUCGUCAGCAAUCUAGCACCCUUGCUGAAAGGUACGUCCAGCUUAGAAUCCUACCAAAUCAGCCUCGCAAUAUUUAUGUGAGUUGUUGUGAUAUUCAAUUGCUACCAUCCCAAUUGAUCGGAAAAUCUUUAAACUCGACAUCAGGUAUUAGCAAGUACUAAAACAUGUAAGUUUUUGUUGAACUUCGCUUAUUCGACAUCAUUUUGAAACAAUUCUUGUAGGUAGAUUGAUCUAGGACUCGUAAUAUGAUAGCAUCGUCCCAUAUUUAUCAUUCUUGCCAAAAUUCAUGGUGCGUUUUUGUACGAAAAGAUGAUUGCAAGGAGGAAAAACCUUUCAACUCUUUAAUUUGCUACAUAUUCUAUUUUAUUUGUCUUAUUUAAUGUUAUUUUUUGUUUUAUGAAUAUGUUCCCAGUACAUACAUUAAUUCUUGUCUAUACAUUUUUUCUUUCUUUUAAUAUCAGUCACGCAAUUUGAAUUUGUUUUAUUGAUGUACAAAAUGGAUAUAAUCAUGUAAAAAAAAUGCAGGACAACAAAAUGGAGAUUAAUCAUAAAUUUAUUGUUUAGCAUUUUAUUAGAUUGGAGAUGAUGGAAAAACUUGAGAGUCAAGAGGAUGAAAAGCAUGUAGUACUAAACAUUGUGAAGAUAAGAAGUGUCCUUGUUUGAAGAUUGCAUGUUUCUAAAUUUAAUUUAAGCGAAGGUUGUAAUUGUCUUAUUAAUUUUUUGUUCUAACCAGUUUGCCUUAUUUGCUUUUGACAUGGAGAUUAGAACAUUGGGUAUAGUGGACUAAAGUAGUGAGGUAGUUAAAAAUAAUAGAAAAUAGAUAUUAUGGAGUUAAAUGGUGGUGUUGUUUCCUAAAAUAUGAAUGUGAGAAAUUCAUUUAGACAAAUUAAAAUGAAAAAUGGGCCAAUUUAAUGGGACAAAUAAAAA